AUGUUUUUUUUUGCAAAUGUGAUAAAGAAACACAUGAUUAAGAAAUGUUUUUUAUCAGAGAGUUUUUUUAUACUUGCGCAAAAUAUUGGUUAUCUAAGAAAUGACAACAAUAUAAAAAGGUUUCAUCAUCAUAAUCAUCAACAAAGGUGGUACUCUGUUGUUAACACUUGCAGUAGUGAUGGAAGUAGUGAAGGUGAACAUCUUAAACCACAUUGGAUAAGUCUUAACGGAAAAGAGAAAAGUAAAAUAAAUAAGAGAAUAAAGGGAACACAAGUAAACGUGGUAGGAAGGGAAAAUGAUAGAGAAUAUUUAAGCAUUUCUAAAAAAUCUAAAAUGAUGAAGUAUAUAAUAAGACUACGAAAAAAAAGGAAUUUUCGAAAAAAAAUGAAUUCGUUUUUUGUUAAAGAUUCUAAAACAAUUAUGAAUUUGGCGAAUAAUAAUGAUCUUAUAUUUGAAGCUGUUUUAUCAAAUCAAAAGAAUUUGUUACAACAUUUUAAAAAUAAAUGCCCUAAAUUGUAUUAUGUAAAUAAUGAUAUGAUAAAUUACAUUUUUCAUGAUUCAUUAAAAGUUAACAAAAUAACUUGUAACGAUGCUGUAGCUAUUUUAAAAAUUCCAAAUUCAGUUCAAAAAAAAGAACGUAUCAAAUUUUUACUAGCUCUUGAUAGGAUACGAUAUGCAUAUAAUUUAGGGAAAAUAUUAAACACUGCUUAUUCUAUGAAUAUUGAUUGUCUCUUUUAUAUUCACAACACUGUGGAUCCUUUUAAUCACAAAGUAAUUGAAAUAACCAAUGGUUCUCAUUUUCAUAUACCCUAUAUAUUUGGUUCAUAUACAGAAUUAAGACAGUUCUGCGAAACACAUAAUGUACUUCCCAUUGUAGCACACACUCGUGGAGUGAGUCCUAUUCAUAUUUUAAAAACAUCAACUCAGCAGGAGGAGGGAAUUUGUCUCAUAUUAGGAAAUGAAUCUACGGGCCCUCAUGCGGAUAUCUUAAGCUUUGCAAAACCAAUAAGUUUGCCAAUGCAUGAAAUGACAAAUUCUUUAAACGUUUCCGUGGCAGCAAGUAUCCUAAUUCAUUACUUGAAAAGUAUGUUGUAA